UUUAAAUUAUUAAUUUCCUAUUCUUCCUUUCUCUAUAAAACUUUCCCACAAUUCAUCCCCCAUUUCCUACUCUCUCUCUCUCUCUCUCUCUCUCUCUCUCUCUCUCAUAAUAAUUCACACACACAGUCCUGUGAUUCCAGUAUACGAUCAUGUCAGGCAAGAAGACAAGGCCGCUGAUCGGGAAGUUGUUAACCGCCGGCAACCGCUCCGGCUUUAUGGAAGCCGGUAGCAGUCCAAGAACUCCCUUGGACUUCAAAAUUCUGUCACCCAGAGGAAUCGUGACUUGUGAUGUGGGUGGGAUCGGACUUGGUAUAGUCGCCGCCCUCGAGAAAUCCGGUGACGAUAUCCAGUCGACUUCCCGGUGCAUCUCGAUUCCGGUAACUCAACCCCCAAAGUUCGAUGUCGAUGACGAAAGCUUGGAAGAAGAGUACACCAUAGUAACUCGUCACAUGCCAAACAAUUCAUAUACAAAAGUCUACGAUGGUGGAUUCGUAUACGAAGGAUACGUUAGAAGAAACAGCGGGAUGAAAGAAGAAGGUUGCUCCCUCUUCGACAUAUCUCCGGCGAGGGUACUUGAUGUAAAAGGACACCCAGAACCUGACUUUCUGAGUUUUUGUCAUCUGUGCAAGAAAAAACUCCAUGGGAAAGACAUUUAUAUGUACAGGGGAGAGAAAGCGUUUUGUAGUAUCGAGUGUAGAUGCAGGGAGAUUAGUAUGGAAGAAAUGAGAGAGAAACGUUGUGGAACUGAAGCGGUUUCAAGCUCUCCUUGCGGCGGUGAUCAUGUUCAUGGCCGGAUAUUUUCCACCGGAAUCUUCGCAAUUUAACCAAACUCUUUUCUUCUUCCACAAUUUUGUUAGAUUGUAAUCGGUAAUUAACCACCUGAAAGCUCUCAAUUUGAGCAUUUCAUUUGCAAAAAAUACGAACUUUACAAGAUUCCAUCA